CCAGGUUGGAUGCGCGAGGAAGGAACGGGCUGCUUGGCAGGCGCGCCCCGUCCCCUCUUCUGUUCCGAGACGCCGCCGCCGCCGCCCUGUGUCCCUUCCCGAUGGCAGCGCCAACGCCAAGCCCCGUCUCAGCCCAGAAGAUGGAUGGAGCAGACACUCUGGUCACCCAGCAUGUCUGCCGCGAAGAUGAGCUCCAUGACGGAGAGAUGCGGGAGGUCGAGGUGGCUGGAUGCCCAGUGCUGCUGGUGAGGGAGGGCCUGGACCUCCGAGCGCUGGGCGGCAGAUGCCCUCAUGCCGGAGCCCCACUCUGCAAAGGCUACUUGGUAAAGGGCCGGUUGCGUUGCCCCUGGCACGGUGCCUGCUUCAGCACCAAGACUGGCGACAUUGAAGAAUAUCCCACCCUGGACUGUCUGUCUGUUUUCCAAGCAACCGUGAAGGAAGGGCAGGUGUACGUCUCAGCCAGGCUGAAGGAUCUUGAAAGUGGCCGCAGAGUGAAGCCCAUGGCCAGGGAGUGCCAGCUGGACCACCAGACCGCUCUGUUGCUGGGAGCAGGCCCGGCAGCCCUGACCUGCGCUGAAACUCUUCGGCAAGAGGGCUUCACCGGCAGGAUCAUCAUGGCCACCUGGGAGAACCACCUUCCCUACGACAAGACAAAGUUGACCCAGGACUUGGGUGCUCCAGCAGAGAGCCUCUAUCUGCGAAGUCAGAGUUUCUUGGAUGCCCACAACAUUGAGGUCUGGAAGCAGAGAGAGGUGGUGUCUGUGGAUCCCGCAGGAAAAAUGGCCCACUUCCGGGAUGGGACAUCCCAGGCGUACAGCAGCCUGCUGAUUGCCACGGGCUGUAGCCCUCGGAAGCUCCAGUGCCCGGGCUGCAGCCUGGGGAAUGUCUGCACACUCCUCACCCCUGAAGAUGCCAACUGGAUCCUGGCCUGGGCCUUGGGCAAGACCGUGGUGAUUGUGGGAGCCUCUUUCAUUGGGAUGGAGGUAGCCGGCAACCUGGUUGGCAAAGCAGCCCAGGUCCAGGUGGUGGAGAAGGAAGAGCGGCCCUACCAGCUGACCCUGGGAGGUCAGGUGGGCACCGUGGCCAUGAAGAUGCUCGAAGCCCAGGGAGUUCUGUUCCACCUGAAGACAGAUGUGGCCCAGAUGCAGGGAGAGAAUGGGAAGGUCACCAACGUCAUUCUUAGCAAUGGUUCUGUUCUCCCUGCGGACUUGGUGGUGGUGGGCAUUGGCAACACUCCAAAUACCAGUUUUGUCCAGGGAAGCUCCAUCAAGCUUGACCGCACAGGGUCCAUCCUGGUGGACCUGUUCAUGAAAACCAGCGCUCCGUCUGUCUUUGCUGCUGGGGACGUGGCCUCCUUUCCUGUGGCUCUGGCUGGUGGCAAGUCCACACCCAUCUACCACUGGCAGAUUGCCCAAGCCCAUGGUACCCCCCUCUUUCGAGCUAGACUUUGGCUAUGGGGCAGAGGGGGCCCAACCGGCGGCAGCCAAUCCCACCCCAAGCUGAAAAGGGUGGCUUGUGGGUCCCAGAAAAAGAGCAGAUCACGGGUCUGGUUGGGCCCUGAACCAGCCCCGGCUGGGGGCUUGUCCAAAUGGGGCACUCAGCCAUCAUCGACCCUCUCGGGGGCAACCUUGGCUCAAGCGCAGGGGAGCAGGGGACAGGCGAAGCCCUCCGGCCCCUGCAGUCCCAGAGCGAGGCUGGGCUGGGUCUCUCCAUGUGUGGCGCAGGGAGACUCGGCUGAGCCCAGGGCUGCACUCUCUGCCGACCCUUCUGCAUGGGCCUGGCUUAGUCCCUGCCCCCCCCCUCCUCCCAGGCCUUCCAAGCGCUUGAGCCAGCCAGCUUCCUGGGUUCCUUGUCCCACAAGGGGGGCAGACGGUCUGUCUCUCUCCUGCCCAGGACGCGUGGCGGCCCUGAACAUGCUGUCCAGGCAGAGGCCGCUCCACACGGUGCCCUUCUUUUGGACCAAGCUGCAGUCAAAGACCAUCCGCUAUGCAGGUUACGGGACGGGCCACACGGAGACGGUGCCGGAAGGUGACCUGGGCCAGGAGAGCUUCCUCCUCUUCUACCUGAGGGAUGGCUGGGUGACCGCAGUGGCCAGCCUGAACUGUGACCCCCUGGUGGCCGUGGUAGCUGAGACCCUAUACUCGGGGAGACGCAUCUCCAAGCAAGAGGCAGAGACCAUGAUGGAGGCCAAAGAGCUGCCAAAGAGAGAGCCACCCCAAUAGUCUGCCCACUGCUUGGGGAUCACAGGCAGACGCAUCCCCUCAUCGGGCUGAAAUAAACCGAGGUCAAGAAAAUUGCAACUUCGUUCCCUUUCUUCUGAAACUUGAGCUGGGGCCGCUGACCACCAGCAGGCUUUCAGCUUUGCUCGGGCCUCGAGGCUCCAAGGCAGCACCCCCAAGAUAUGCGGACUUCUUUAACUCUCAGAAUCCCCCAGCCAGUCAUGUUGAAGUCCAUCCAUCUUCAAGGCUAGGAAGCUCUGCUGGGGGGGGGGGGAAGGUGCCAGACGCAUGGCCCAUUGGAGGUCACUUCCAACUCCCUCCGGCUGGAACAGCCCACUUCUCAAACCCUUUCUCUGUUAAGGAAGAGGCUAAAAGCAAUGAAGAGACCACGUCAUUUGUACCUGCGGUCCUGGGGGCAAUCCCGCUGCAGGGGGAAUUGGGGGCCAGAUGGACCAGGAGCAACCAAGCCCCAAGGAGGGGGGGCAGAGGAAAGGUUGUGAAAGCUGUUCCUGUCCAUGCACGCUCUAUGUUCCUUCCUGGCUUAGAAUGAAGGAAGCAGGGACCCUCCCCCGAAUCCCAGGCAGAGCCAGAAUCCCCCCAGCCACAGCAGCCCUCUCAAGGCACUCCCCUUGGCCACCAGCUUCCACAGCCCAGCAGUUCCAUGCUCGGCCGGCAGAUGGAGUGACCAUCCUGGCAUUGCUCCACAGGCUGGAGGGCACCGACUCCUGAAUGUCAGGGAAGUCUAUCCUCUGCCCUCCUGCCCCCCCCCAAAGGUUGUCUGGGGACACAGGAAAAGGCAGAGAUGGGCCAGGACCACUUCUCUUGUCUCAAUUUGGCUUACAGGCUCCUGCCUAGGUCCUGGAGCCCCCCCAAUGCUGGGCAGAUGGGGAAACAGGAUCACACACACCCCCGUUUCCUCUCAGCCCCACCCAGCAAAACCUGCCUCUUCCUGUAUUGCCCUGGCCUGGGAAUCAGAGUGAGCACCAGGGUGCAGCAAGGGAUCAACUGGCUAAACCCAUCGUGCGCUUCCGGUCAGCAAGAGGAAGCAGCUGCCCCUCACUCCUCAGCUGCUGCUGCUGUGAUGGGGCAAAGGGGCUCUGAGGGUCCCACUGGCAGCUCCAGAGGGAGAUCUGGGGGGGGGGGAGACAGGUUCAGUUGAAAGCCCCAGGCCUCUGCCCAGCAACGAAGAGAUCCAAAGAAUGCAGAAGGAAAGGAGGCCAAGCUCUUUGGCCAAGAGAGCAGCCACCCAGGCCCCACACUGAUCCACAGAGCCGAGCUCUGACCGGGCCUGUGGGGAAGCCACGGGCAGAGGCAACAGGCCAAGGCCUGACUGGGCGGGGUGGGCCAUGGGGCAACGCAGCAGCCGCCCAUUUGCAGCUGUCCAACGAGGCCGGUCUCCGAAAGGGCCGGCUGGAGAGCCCUGGAAAUCCGGUGUGGGUGUGGGGAGCUCUGGAGAAGGAGAGGACAGCAGGCCGGCUUACCUGUCGGGGACUGGUCCAGCUGUAGGGCCCGGGCUGCCUCCAUCCAUCCAUCCAUGCGCAGGCCGGCCGGCCCUGGGCGAGAGCAGCUACGGCCAACAGUUCUUCAACUGGCAGCUUUAGUUGCUGGAGGGGACGUAAAGCGUGCCACCGAAGAACUGCUGCGCGGCAGCCAAGGGGGCCGGAGCGCCAGGCUGGGGGGCAAGGGGGGCGCCGUUAGAGCGGAGGGAAGGGGCCGGGUCCGCCUCCCCAACCUGCAGAGAGACCAGCGACCGCUUCCGCCCCAGACGCCGCCCGCCUGAGUCAUCGCAGAAGGUGCCGGUCUCGGGGCUCCUCCGCAGCCCUGGACCCGCUGGGGCUCCGGGGAGACCCGCCGCCCGCGCGUAACGGGGAGGGGAGCCCUGGCAGGGCCGCGCUCACCCCGACGCGCAUUCCCCGCGCGCCUGCUCCGGAUGCUCCGCAUUCCAGCCGUCUGCCGGCCCCUCCGGCAGCGCUGAACUUCGGCCCAAGGACGGGCAGGCGCUCCGCCCCGCC